UUUUUUUUUGUUUACAUAAAUAAGCAUGACAUGUAAACAUUUAAGUUUCACGUGUAUUAUUUAUUUUGUUAAUAUUGAAUAAUUUAUGAAACUUUGUUUGUAGAUAAAUAAAAUAUGGAUAACGAUAUAUUUAUAAGAGAAUUAGAAUUGGAAACUUGUAAAAAAACUUUAUCAUUGUGUCAAGAAAAAAUUGGCGAUGUUAAUUGUGUUGUUUGGGAUGCUGCUAUUGUUUUAGCAAAAUUUAUUGAUUUCACAUGUCGUGAUAAAAAUUGGUUGUUAGGAAAAAAUGUUUUGGAACUUGGUGCUGGACUUGGUUGUGUUGGAAUGACCGCUGCAUGUUUUGGAGCAAAAGUUUUAAUGACUGAUUUAGAAAACGCAAUGCCAGCAUUAAAUAAAAAUGUAAAAUUAAAUGAAAUUCACUGGCUAAAAUCAAAUGGUUUAGUUAAAACUGAAGUUUUCGAAUGGGGAAAAGAAUUGCCAAAGGAUUUCAUUCCUGAAAUUGUACUUGUCACCGAUUGCGUUUAUUAUGAGGAAUCCACAAAACCAUUAUUGGAAACAUUAAAAUCACUAUGCAACAUUGAGGGUACCUAUAUAUUAAUGACCCAAGAACAAAGGGAUACACCAAUUCAAAUAAAAGUUUGGAAUAAUUUUAAAAAAGCGUUAAAAGAAAAUUUUAACGUUAAAGCAAUUCCUCUUGAAUAUCAACAUCCAGUUUAUUCUAGUUCGGACAUUGAUUUAUUAAAAAUUACAAAACUUUAAAAUUUCAUCAAAGGAUCAAAUAAACUAUAUGGGCAAAUCCACAGAACCGGCCGAUUUUUACUUAUCAAGAUGAAAAUUUUCCAAAUAGCAAGCACACCUUUUAUUUAUGGUUUACUUUCUUUAAAAUAUAUUCAAGAACAAUUAUCUUCUUGCGUGAUUCAUUUUAUUUUAAUGCCGUUUGAGUUAAAAGCCAAAAACGAAAAUAUUAUUUUUCUUCUGGAAAUUAUAAUUAAAAAUGGCAUUUCUUUGUUUUUUUUAUAUAUUAUUUGAAAUAUGUGCAAAACAUUUUGAAUAAUAAAAUAUGAUAAAAUACAAAUAAUUAAUUUUUUAAUUAUCAAAAAUAAAUUAUUUAUAUUUUAUCAUAUUUUAUUAUAUAUUUUAUUUAUUAGCAUUUAAUUUUUUAUUUCUGUAAAUUAAAUUGUUUACUUACUAAUUUUGAUAUUAACUAUUUUAACCAACAAACUGACAUUAUUGACAUCGAUUUUGAUAUAACUUUGAAAAUAAAACAAAUGAAAGGAUAAUUCAUUUUUCACGAUUAACUAGUUAAAUUUCGAUAAAUUUUUUUUUAUUUUAAUUUUUAGACGUUAUAAAUUGAAAAUAUAAUUUGGCGUUUGCAUACAAGAAUUAUAAUAAUGUCUUUAUAUAAUCACACAUGUUUUCAACUCAUCAUAUUUUAUCCUGUAGUUGUGCUACUGAAAAAAGGCUAAGUUGAAAAUGGUUCACGCUUAAACAUAGAGUGAUAAUUAUUGGAAUAUUUUCUUUAAUUCUGAUUGCACUCUAUUCUAUGAUACAUACAUUUGUUCGUCUGUUCACAAGCAAUAAGCUCCAAUUUGAAAAAUUCAAAUCGAAUAAUCGCCGCAAAAGAUAUUUACAAAAAUGUAUAGACAUUUCAUUAUUAUAAAAUAAUGAGUAACGCUACUUUCAACGACUAUCAUUUCUUUUUAUUUAAGAGCACAUAUUUUUUAUUACUUUCAAAACAUUCUUCAAUAAGUAAACUAUAAUUCACCACAGUUUGGAAUUGUUCGGAUCUAUGCCGAACAAGUUAUACCUAUAAGAAUUAAAAUUUAUACCUGGAGUAACACCGUAAAUUUCAUUUUUUAAGUUACUUAAUUCGAUUUUAUUUUUUAUAAAAGACUAGAAGGUUCACAUUUAUUCAAUUUUCUUAUUUCAAUAGGUUCUCAGAGAUAUUACAAAAUGGUUGAAGUAUGAAAAUAAUUAAUAUAAUACUUCUAAAAUAGAAAAAUAUAUGAGUAACAUGAAAUCGGCCGGUUCUGUGGAUUUGCCCAUAUAUUAUAUAAAAAUAAUGUUGACAAAGUGAUAAUUCAAAUGUAAAAAAAAUCUGUAUUAAUAAGAUUAAUAAUAUUAAUAUUAAAUAAUUACCAGAAGUUAA